AUGCUGGUCAACGAAAAAACUGCACUCUCCUCCUCCCGCGUCCUCCUAGUUCCGUAUUGCAAACAUCAUGUCCCACGGUAUCACGAGUGGAUGAAAGAUCCGGAAAUCCAACAAGCAACCGCUUCAGAACCGCUCAUGCUAGAAGAGGAAUAUGCUAUGCAAAUCGGCUGGCGCACAGACGCGGAUAAAUUGACAUUUAUCAUCUGCCUACCGCUUCAUGAAUCUUUAUCAUCAUCGUUAUCACGUCCGGACACAGCUGCUGGUGCUGGUGUCAUUGAUGAUAUCCAAUCCACGACACUUACCGAUCCAAACAUCGACAGUCCAGCUAUGAUGUUGGGGGAUGUCAAUUUGUUUUUGAGAGUAGAUGAACAAGAAGGUGGUAUUGGUUACGAUCACGAUGCUGAUAGUGGUACGAGAAUCGUCGGUGAAAUCGAACUUAUGAUUGCGGAGAAGGAAAAGCAGGGGAGGGGUUUUGGACGGGCUGGUCUUCUUUGUUUCUUACGAUAUAUUGCUGAUCAUGAGGAGGAGAUCGUUGGAGGGAUUGUUUCUUCUUCCUCUGCCACCGCACCCGCUUCUGCUGCUGGCAAUGGCACUGAAAAGGAGCAAGGGAGGAAAGGUGGGAAGCUAGCAUAUUUAUCUGCGAAGAUUGGUGCGGAUAAUGUUCGGAGUUUGGCUUUGUUUGAGAGUUUGGGGUUUAGGAAAGUGCGUGAGAUGGCGAAUGUCUUUGGGGAGCUGGAGAUGCGUAGGGAAUGUCUGAGGCGAGGGGAGGGGGAGGAGUUGUUGGGUAAGUGGGGGGUGGAGGAGUAUAGGGAGGUUAGGUAUGAGCGGUAA